GUUUUAUCUGAGGCUCAAUAUAAAGAAUCCAACAUAUCUCAAAACUUAGAAGUUUCAUAUGGGCUAUUUAGUGGAAGAGUAAAACAAUUUCUACUGUCAUCGUCCCGAAAUAACGACUUAGGAAUUAUCUGUGACUAUGGGUUAAACAAAUGUUUCUACAGUUGUCAACAAACAAACGAAAACAGAAAAGCUGAGUUUGUGAAUUUGUUAAACGACGAGGAUAUUGGAACUUGCCCCGAAUCAGUAAAUCAAAGAUCUACAUUUAAAAAUUAUAAUAAACAGGUGCAUUCUGAUUCAUCACGAGAUUAUGACAGUCAGUCGAAAACGUCAUCGAACUUUAAUGAAGAAUUUUUAAAUGCAGCUUUGUGGCUAUCAACAGUCACAUUUCUUGGAUUGUCUUUAGCGUUUGCGAUUGUUGGAGGAUUUUUCGCAAUUUUGAACAUUUGGUUUAAUCCAUCUCUAGACAUAUUUGGUGUACUUGGUCUUUAUGUUUGGAAUGGAAUAACUUUAGUAAUGUGUGGACUUACUAUGAUUAUUUGGGGUUCUUUUUUUAUAAUUGAUGUGUCCAAUAAUAUUGGCAUUACUUAUACACUACAAACCAAAGCAAACUAUUCUUCAACUGGUCUUGCUAAAAUUGGAUAUUCAUUUUGGAUCAUGUUUGUGUCAAUAGCUUGCCAUAUCAUUAAUAUUGGACUCGUCUACCUAAGAAGUUAUUUAAUACAAAAAGAACCUGAGCAACCUAUCAUAACUAUUGACAAAAACGAUUCAACUAUUUUAGUUUAUUGA